AUGAAUUUGUUGUCUUUAAAUAUUAGAGGAAUUGGGGGUUCUAAUAAGUCAAGCUGGGUUAAAAAAAUGAUCUCUGAGCACGGUGUUUCGUUCCUUUCUCUGCAAGAGUCGAAGUCUUCCAGUGUGUCUCGUUAUGAUAUUGCUAAAUUAUGGGGUAAUAAUGACUUUGGGUUGGAUUUUGUGGAGUCUGUCGGGCAAUCUGGAGGUUUGAUUUGUGUUUGGGAUGAAAAAUUAUUUCGCCAGACAGGUGGUUCGAGGAACAUGAAUUAUCUUUAUAUUAGAGGCUCGUUGGUGGGUUGCUCGUCUCCUGUCAAUGUCCUUAACGUGUAUGCCCCCCAAGGAGUAUCGGCCAAAAAGAUUUUAUGGGAGGAACUGAAACUGGUCAUUGAUUCUUUUGAGGGAUUAUGCGUUAUCUCGGGCGAUUUUAACGCGGUUCGAUUUAGAGAGGAAAAAAGGAAUUGUUCUUUCAAACAAAACUGUGACAAUAAUUUCAAUGAUUUUAUAUUCGAUUCGGGCUUGAUUGAGUAUAAUAUGAGAGGUCGGGUGUUCACUUUUUACUCGGACAAUCGCAACAAGCUUAGUAAGCUCGACCGCUUCUUAGUCAAUUCGGAGUUUUUCAAUUCUUGGCCGACGACAUGCUGUCGUGUUCUCCCUAGAUUAUGGUCGGACCAUAAUCCCAUUUUUUUGGUUUGUCAAAGCAAGAACUUUGGGCCCCGUCCGUUUAGAAAUUUUAACUCCUGGUUCGGAAAAAAUGUUUUUGAUGAGGUUGUGACGAAGGCAGUGAGUGAAUUCAAUUCGGUUGAGAUCAGCCCAGACUUGGUUUUUAUUAAAAAGCUGAGUUUCAUUAGAGACCGUUUGAGAGAAUGGAAAGAAAUCAUGACCGGAAAAGAAGGAGAAGAGGUGGCGACUGCGAAAGAAGAUAAUGAAAAAUUAGAAGAGAUCCUUGAGUCUAGAGAUUUUUCGGAGGAGGAGCAUUGGAUUUUCGACGAAAAUAAAAAGAUAAUUCAUGAAGCGGAAGAAGCUUUAACCAUGGAUCUGAGGCAAAGAUCUCGUAUCAGGUGGGCGAAGGAUGGAGACGAAACUCUUAGUUUUUUCACGCUAUGA